GCGCCGCCGCAGCGCACCGCGAGCCCCAUGAAGGGAACUGCGGGGCGAUGGGGCAGGUCCUGGGGUUCGCCCACUGCAAAGAAUCUCCUUCUACUGUCUCCACCACACCCGACUCCACAGAUGGCGGUAAUGAUGAGUCGGAUUUCCCGGAGCUGCAGACGGCGCGCGAGUUCUCCGAGGAUGAGGAGGAGGAGACGUCCCAGGACUGGGGGACCCCGAGGGAGCUGACCUUCUCCUACAUCACCUUCGCGGGUGGCCCUGACGCCAUCCCUCCCAGCGAGCCCGGCCCCCGGGGGCGGCGGGACUCCCUGGCCCGCCGGGUGAGGGGCCCUCUGCCCCGCCCUGAGACCUGCGAGACCUUGGUGCCCAUGCUGGAUGACAGCCUGGAGAACAUCCCCAGCCUGUGCCAGUCGCCCGAGGGCGAGCAGGGGUUGCCGGCCGGGCAGUGCCAGGGGCUGGAACCCUUCUCGGCCUGGGAUGCCCCGCUGAGCUACGCGGAUGAGCCCAGCUCCCUGGGGUGGGAGGAACCACAAAUCAUGCCAGGCGGGGGCUGGCAUGGCCUCCCCCCUUUUGGGGCAGCAGAGCAGCCGGGAGCCCUCACCACACACUCAGAGGAUGCUCCGGAAAUGCUGCCAGGGGACUGCCCGCGACCCAAGGCCCUAAUGCCGUGUCCGGCAGGGGGCACCCCUGGGCUCGCUUACGCCGAGGGCAGCCAGCACCCACCGCAGACCUCAGCUCCCCCCAGCCCAAGGGAGGAGGAGCUGGAGCCACAGCUGGAGGGGGAGCAGGCAGAUACGGAACCAAUCACAGAACAGCAGCUGGAUGGGCUGGACCAAUCUGGGAACACUCUGGGAGUAUACAUCAUAGUGGCGGACCUGGUGUACUGGCGGGACACCCGCACCUCGGCGCUCGUCUUCACCGGCGUCAUGGUGACUCUGCUGAGCCUGCUGCACUUCAGCAUCGUCAGCGUGGGCUCCUACGGCGCCCUGGCCGUGCUGGGCAUCACCAUCACCCUGCGGCUGGGCCGCAAGGGGCUGCAGGCCCUGCGCCGCUCCGACGGCGCCAACCCCUUCCAGACUCAGCUGGACACAGAUUUGCCGCUGUCCCAGGAGCAGCUGGAGCGCCUUGCCACGCGGCUCAGCCAGGACGUCCUGGCGGCCGCCCACACCCUGCGCCGCCUCUUCCUGGUGGAGGAUCUGGUGGACUCGAUCAAGUUCGCCUUCCUGUUCUACAUCCUCACUUACGUGGGCGCCGUGUUCAACGGGCUGACGCUGCUCAUCCUGGGUGUGAUAAGUGCAUUUACUUUCCCCCUGCUCUACCGGCAGCACCAGGCACAGAUCGACCAGUACGUGGGGUUGGUGAGGAACCAGCUGAGUAACCUCAGAGCCAAGAUUCAGGCCAAGCUCCCAAGUGCCAAAGCGAAGCCAGAAUGAGCGACUGCCCUGGCCCGAUUCACAGCAACAAUGCCCCUGCCCCCCCCACCUGCCCCCCUCACCCCAGAACCACCCCCGCUGGUGACACCCCUCCACCCCAGGGAAAGGGGCCGGGGCCCCUCUCCUGGUCAGGAACCCGCCUACAGCUCAGCCUCUGCGCUGCUCCCCUGGCCCUGCGUGUUGUGGGGCUGGGGCAGGAGGCAGCUCCCUGCACAUUCAGGGCUCCGGGGGUUGGGGGUGACUGAGAAGGGCCCCCGUGAUUUGGCCACCACCCUGCCAUAACAAGAGGCCCCUGCAUGCCACCCUCCUGCUGGGCCCUGCCUGCUUCCUGCCUCCAAGCCGCAGUCCCAGUGUGAGCCCGGCAGGGCCUGGCCCUGUGGGGUGGGGAAGGGGCAGGCCCCUGGCUCCUCAGGGCUGGAGGGGUCUGGUUUCCCAGGGGGCUCAGACCCAAGUGAAUUCAGGGUCUGUGAUUGGCUGGGAGGCCAGGGGCUGGCAGCCUGUUGUGUCCAAGCCCCCCUGCUGUUUUUACUCUGGAGCCCCCUUCUUGGACUUGGUCUGGGGCCACCCCCUGGCACUGUGGGGCAGGUGCCGUCCAGGUGCCCGCAAAGCUCCACUCAGAUUUACACUUUAAUAAAAGCACU